ACUUUUUCUUGAUAGUCACACUUCACAUUCUCUUUUCGUUAAGGAAGGCCCACUAAAAAUCACGCAAGAUGUUCUCUUUCAAAUCUAUCGUACUGAUCGCUGCGGCUUUCACCAUCGGGGCGGAAUGCAGUGUAGGCGUGCCAGUGGCGGCUGCAGCCCUAGCUGCUCCUGCAGCAGUGGGGUAUGCCCACGCUGUACCUCAGAACAUACCACCGUACGCCGCGCAGGUCAACGUUGUGAGCAAGUCACUCGCUGCUCCCCUAGUCGCUGCGCCACUCGCUGCCGCUCCUUUCGCUGCUGCUCCUUUAGCCGCUGCUCCACUAGCCGCUGGUCCUUACGUUGCCGGUCCGUACGCCGCCGCACCUCUAGCUGCAGCGCCAUACGCUGCUGCUCCUUACGCCGCUGCUGCUUAUGCCGCUGCUCCUUACGCUGCUGCUCCUUACUUCGCCGGCCCUGGACCAGUGGUUCCCGCUCCAUUAGCUGGUCCUGCUCCUUAUGCGGCCCCCUACGCCUACGGUGCAGCUCCCUUGGUGCGUGCCAGUCCCUUCGGCUACGCCCCAGCGUACGUGCGAUAGAUUAGAAAAGAAUACUUGACUGACCUUCCUUCUAAUAAGACUUGUAUCAAAGAUUAGGCUAUUUUUUAUAUUUUUGUACAAUAAAUGUUAUUAAAAAUUAA